CCUAUAAUGCAGAGCCAUGAAAUGAGAUAAAUGGUUAAAGUUUUGAAGGCUUUGGGAAAGGCAGGAGGAACCUGAUUUUUGAAAGGAGGCAAAAGGAAAUGGAAAUGGAAGGGGAAAGGGAGAAGGAGAGGGAGAAUAAUGGCGCCUCCUCUGCCACGUGCUGUGUUGUGGGUUUGGAUUCCACCACCAACAUAUCCUACAUUGCCUGCUCUUCCUGCGAGAAGCCCCUUCAUACCCAACACAACCCUUCCUCCACUCCCGCUCUCUGUUGCUCUUUCUGCAAAUCCUCUUCCUUCAAAAGAUUCUAUCGUGUAGUGAUGUCAGUAGCUUCAGGAAACAAAGUUAUGGUUGUCAUAUGCUUUGAUAAGGCAGCUCGUGUUAUGUUUGGCUGUUCUGCUGAUGAAUUUUUUGACUUUGCAAAAGUCAAUCCAUUUGCUGUAGUGACUGCCGGACAGAUUCUAGAAGGAGAAAUGUUUGGGAUGAAGCUUUCCAUGCCAAGGAGUGGUAAUGCGGAGCACCUACGUGCCACCUCUGUUGUUCCCCUGCACUCAGGUUUCCAACCUGUUAUACAAACCCUGAAAAAGAUGUAUAGAGUUAAACACCGAUAGCGUUUCCAUGAUCUGUCACUCAUGCUCAUCUCAGAUACAUUUGGAGAGAGAGAGAGAUUGAUUGCUGCAGAAGAUGAAAUUUGCACCCCUGUUUUUCUAGUAUGUGUGAAUGCAAGUGGUGAGUGAGAACGAGGGCGUUCUCCCAUAUGAGAGUGGCAUUAAGGCGAAUAUGUAAAAAAUCCAUGACAUGAUAUUCAUGGCGGCUUCUGUUGAGAGGAGAAUUUUUAUGUGUGCAGGAGAAAUUCAUUUUAGUAUGGACUUUUGCGAGUGUGGUCUUACUUCUAGAUCGAAGAUGAAUUCAUUUUCCUCAGGUGUCAUGAUUGAAAACUCUUGUUUUAUUUUAGUGUACUCUUGCUCUAUUUCAGUGUGACCUCGCACAAAAAGGAACAAGAUAACAUUUUGGGAUUGGACCCAUGGAACCAUAUUAUACUCAUUUGUCCGAAUCCCAAAUGCAUAAUUGUGGGACUUUUCUUUUCAGGAACUUUUUGUAUCAUCUUGAUUCACUUUAUAAAUAGAUUUAAAAAAUAAAAGGAAAAAUAUAAAUGCUUUUCAAUUUCAACUUUCUACACAUCCUACCCCCAAUACUUUUUGUAUUAUACUAUAAACCUCAAUACUAUUUUUUUUUAUAUCUACUUCCCCCAAUCAAAUAUGCAAACCAUGUUUUAAACCAAAAUGUGUUCUUUUUUUUUUCUCUUUGUCCCUUUUCAACAUAUUUUUUUUAUAUUCUCUCAAUCUCUCUCUCAACUUACCCAAAAUAAACUCACAUACGUACUCUCUUUCCCAAAAACUUCUCUCUCUCAUGUCCUAGACUCUAUUCAUGGAUCCCGAUACCCUGGGAAUAGACGUAAAUGGAGGCUUCAGACAUUGGUUUUAGGAAAAGGUUCAGGGCUUUGUAAACCUAGGUUUUGGUUCUCGAAGGAGCGUUGGUUCUUGAAAACCCCUUUUUGUUUGAUAAGCUGUCUGUUGGAGCUGUGUUUUUGGUUUCAAAGUGAUCUUUGGUAGCUUUUGGCGGUUUUGAAGAUUGAAACUGCGGUUUUGACGAGGGUUAAAGACAUGGUUCGGGAGAUGAAGUUCUUGAAACCGGGCUCAAGGCUUGAUUGUUUUCGAGGAGAUGACAAUAACACAUGGUGUGCUUUUUGUCUUUUUUUUUUUAGUGGCUUUGUUCUAUGAAUAUUCAUAUGCUUUGUGAUUUUUUCUAAGAUUCUUCACUUUUUUUUUUCUUUAUUUUAUACUGGGAUUUGUAGUUUUUGAGUUUAUUCGAAUGCCUAUUAUUUUCUUGUAUGUUGAAAUUGCACCGUUUUGUAUCAUUGUUGGAUUUUUUGUUUUUUUGGCUUUUUCUAUGAAUUUUCAUAUGCUCUAUG